GACGAGAAAAGAUCGUCAACAUGCUGCCACUAUCUCUGCUAAAUGCAGCCCAGAAUAAGCCUAUGCUGGUAGAGCUGAAAAACGGGGAAACUUUCAAUGGACAUCUAGUAAACUGCGACAACUUUAUGAAUAUCACACUGCGAGAAGUCUACCAGACGAGUGCAGAGGGAGAUAGGUUCUGGAAAUUGAAGGAAUGCUAUAUUCGAGGCAGCACAAUAAAGUAUCUUCGCGUCCCCGACCAACUUUUGGAUGCAGUGAAGGAGGAACAGAACCGCGCACGAGAAGCGAAUAGAGGCGCUCGAGGGGCGCCUGGCGGAAGAGGAGGCCGUGGAAUGCAACAACGAGGACGAGGAGGCAGAGGAGGACCGGUCCGGGGUACUCCUGGGCGAGGAAGAGGACGGGGAGCAUAACCAAUCUCUAAGGCUUCUUUAUCGAACGUACCGGCGAAUGCUUUCCGGCUGGUCCCUCCAACGUUCGCGGCGAUUUACACGAUCUUCGUUCUUUGGUGAAUCUUGCGCACAGAGAUCCUUGCACUUUACCGACACCACCACAUCACGAACCGCUUUUCUCUGGAGUAACGCGGGUGCAAAAUGUGGUGUUUUAUGAUCUACACCCACCAGCAAGGUAAUGCGAUGUAUAGGGACACUUUCUCUGAAUAGACUGAAAAUUCUCAGGCGAAACG